UGGAUCUCUGCUGUCCCUGCUCUCCGCACAUCCGCAUCUUCGUCGCUACUUCGUUUGCCACUUUGCCACUCCACAUAUUCGCAUCCGCAUAUCCGCGCCCAGUUCACUCUUCACUCUGCCGCGCGCCCCAGUGCAUUAGUGUGCGUGCGUACGAGCGUGUGUGUGCGUGUGUGUGUGUCAUCGUCAACUGUGAACGACCAACUUUUUUAAUAUCUCAGCAAAAUGCAACAAAAAUAAAUGCACCACGGGCAUGAAAACAACAACAGCAGCAGCAGCACACAGCUCCCCGAACAGUGAAUUCUACCAACUGAAUUUUACAACUUUUUACGCAACACAAUAUCAAAACAAAACAACGACUCGGAAACAAACCCUUUUUUUCAAUGACACCCCUGUGACAAAGUGACAAAAAGCUAAAACAAAUCAAAAAAAUAAACACAAAACAGCAAUACACCAAAAUACAAUAAAAUAUCCGCAACUAGCUGCUAAUUUAGCAAAAGGCACCACCAGUCAUCGCUACAGCCAGCGCCACCAUAGAAACAAAAUCCACCACAGACGACAUGGAGCACAUAAUGAAUCCGUUCAUGUCACCGGCUUAUCUGCUGGGCCAUGGCCCACAUUCCCACCAGCAUGUGCACUCCCAUCUACCGACACACCCGCAGCAGCCAAAUGCCGCCUCUCCGGCCAGCUCACCCGGCGGAUCGAGUGGCUCUGGAUCUGGAUCGGCCGCAGGAUCGGGCAGCGGAUCCGGCACAGGAUCAGGCACCGGGUCGGGAUCUUCGCUGAAGCCACGUCGCUGGGGCUCGCCGCCCAUCAAUCUGGCCGGGCAGUUCAUCAAUCCGGCGACGGGCAAGAAACGAGUGCAGUGCUCCAUUUGCUUCAAGACCUUCUGCGACAAGGGCGCCCUCAAGAUUCACUUCUCGGCCGUGCAUCUCCGCGAGAUGCACAAGUGCACGGUGGAGGGCUGCAAUAUGGUGUUCAGCUCGAGGCGUUCGAGGAAUCGCCAUAGUGCCAAUCCGAAUCCCAAGCUCCAUUCGCCGCACAUCCGGCGCAAGAUCUCGCCGCACGAUGGCCGCACAGCCCAGCAAUUUCCGGUUUUCUCGCCCGGAACUGCUGCGGCAGCGGCCGCUGUCGCCGGACGACUUCCGGUUGCCUUUCCCGGACUUUUGCCACCGCCGCCGCCGCAUCAUGGUCACCAUCCGUACGUCAUGUUCGGCGGACAGGCGGGUCUCCAUGGCUUGGGUCUGCUUUCCAACGGCUGUCAGGAUGCCGAUUCCGGAUCGGUGGACAAUGAGCAGGAUGCUGAUGCCGAGGAUGACAACGACUUUGUGUACGUGGACAUGCAGGCCAAUAGCUCCAGUCCGGCGGCCUCCAGCGAGGAUCAGGAGGAUCACGAACGCGAUCACGAGCAGGACGAGGAGAUGCACUGCAGCUUGAGCCUGGCCAGCAGUAGUAGCAUCGCCGCCGACGAGGAACGCGGAGCCGACCAGCCGUUGGAUUUCAGCCUGCACAAGCGUCGCAAGUCGGAGCAGGAUCGGGAGCAGGACCGUGAGCAGGAGCAGGAGCGGGAGCAGGAGGCGGAAAAGGAGCAGGAACAUGACGUGGAAUCGGACAAGGAACAGGAACCCGAACAGGAGCAUGACCUGGAGCGUGAGCGCGAGCGUGAGAAGCGCUCGCCCAGCGAUGCCUUCUCCAUGGAUCAGUUGCUGGGCAAGCGGAAGCGUCACGACAGCACCGCCUCCAGCUCCGCCUGUUCCACGGCCGCCGCCUCCUCCGCCUCCAGCUCCUCCGCCAGCGCUAGCGCCAAUCCACCGCAGACGAGCAUCAAAAUGGAACUGGAUCCGGACAGCGACAGUGCCUACCUGAGCAGCCGGCGGCAAAUGCUGCCACUGCCCGUUCUGGACCUCGAGGAGCACCAUCAUCUGCGCCUGCUGCAGACCCAGAUGUUUGCUGCCGCAGCGGCCGCUGCUGCCACCAGUCAGGCCCCGCCCACCGCCUUCCUGCCGGCGGGAUCCCCCGUCGAUUUGGCCAAGGACUCGCCGCCCAUGUGGAGCCUCCUCUCCGAAAUGUACCGCUCCAUGCUGCUGAAGACGCAGCACCAGCAAUACAACCACCAUCACCAGCUGCAGCAGCAGCACCAGCAGGAGCACCAGCCUCAUCAUCACCUGACCCUGAGCCACCACCAUCAGGAGCAGCACCAUCAUCUGGGUCACCACAUGGGUCUGGGUCACCACCACCACCAUCACCACCAUCAGCACCACCAACAGCAGCCGCAACAGCAAUCGCCGGCGGCCACAAAUGCGCCGAUUUCCGUCUAAACCAAGCAGACUGCUGAUCCAUGGCGAUGAUAUCUAGAUGAUUUCCUUAGUCAAAUUUGUGUUUCCGUUUUUUUUUUUUUUGUGAAUCGUAUUUUAAGAAGAAGAAGAAGAAUACGUCUGCUGGCGUGCAGCAUUAGCAAAAAGUGGAGCUUUAGGUGGUGGGGCUGUGCCACAGCUUGACCAUUAAAUGGCGGGCACUCCUCCUCAGGCGCGACCCCGCAACACCCACCUACAUACAUACAUACAUACAUAUGUACAUAUGUGUGCCCACCAACACCCAAUGCCCCUAAGCACCCCCCUCCUCCCACUCCCCUUUGAAAACUGGAAUUGCUCCGAAACUAAGCUUUUUCUGCUCGUACAUGUGUUAUAUGGAUUUUUUUUUGGAAAACCUAUGUAUAAUGGUUAAUGUAUAAUGUAUACUGUAGUGCGACAUCUAAGUGUAUAGUAUUCAAUCCGUUCCUCAGUGUGCAUGUGCAGAUGGAUGAGUGUGUGUGAGAGAGAGUGUGUGAGUGUGCGUGUGGGAUCCCAGGAUCGGAUCCAAAAAAAAAAACAAAGUCUGUCAUCUGAAAAGCAGGCUGGGCAGUGCAGAAGCGGGGAUUUUGGAACGGGUUCCGUUUCCCUGCCCCCUCUAUCGGUGUACAACGAAGUAUUGAUAUUUAUAACGAAAUAUAUAUUAUGAAUGCAUAUAUUAAAUAGUUUUAAGACAAUUUUUUUCGUAGCCAAUAAAAAACUAUAUUGUAUUGUAUAACUUGGAUGUACUAACACAGCAAGCGAAUUCUAUUGAAACAUAUCCCGUGUGUUGAAAAAUAAAAAAAAACAAGAAGAGAUUCACCCGCUCCCUAAAAAAAGAAAAACACAAAAUUAUAAAAAUCCAUCGAAAAGGUUGAUAGAUCGUAGGUGAACGAAAAAUGUUAUUGCUAUCGCAAACGAA